AAAGGAGAUCAGGAGAUUGAGGAGGUAUACCCUGAAGAAGAAGUUCAGACGAAGGAGAAGACCACAAAGGCCAAAUUACCACCAUUGUCAUCAUACGAGCCACUCUCACCAUUCCCGGAAGCACUCAAGGAAACAAGGAAGCUGGAGAGAAAUGCGGAUAUCUAUGAGACCUUCGCCAAGUGUGAGAGAAGAGAGAGCUAUUUCAAGAUCUCACCCCAUUACUAUGGAAUUCAUUUUGGUACUAUUGCUACACUAUUGCAGGUGGAUCUUUUACUUUUAAUACGAAUACUGCAUGUGGAAAAAGGAGAGCGAGAAAUAUUGUUGGUGAUGAUAGUGAGAACGAAAUAGAGUUUUAUGAGAGAAUUGUUAGAGAAAGUAAUGUAAGAUAUUCGUGAAACAAUGGCAAAAAAUCCUUCACCUUCUAAUGUUGAGGUUGUUCUCUCGAAGCGGAAGAAGUGUUUUCUCUUGAACAAAAGGGGGAAUGAUGCUGCUAUGAAGAUCAACUUGAUGAUGUGUGAAGACAUUGUAGAAUUACAAAUUGUUAGCAACAUUGUUUGAUUAAUUUUGCUAUAUGUAUGUAGGACGUGUAGGCGGCUCACUUUGGUGUUGAAUGUUGG